UGGAAACUCUGGGAUGGAAAACAUGGGACUGUGGAUUUUCCUCAUUACAACCUGUGUUGUUUCAGGAGUCCAGAGUCAGACUGUGGAGAUGGACGACGGGAAGUGGGCGUUUGUCGGCUCAAAGGUGGAUCUCCGCUGUCGCUUCAUCAACAGUUCUCCACCUGUCAAAAUCUCACAGGUCACAUGGCAGAAACUGGUGAACGGCACCAAGCAGAACGUGGCCAUCGCCAACCCCUCCCUCGGCGUGUCUGUGGCCCCGUCCUACAGGGACCGCGUGACCUUUAAGAACGCGGCGGUGCGGCGACGAACUCCGACCCUCGAGGACACCACCAUCACCUUCUCCUCGCUCCGCCUCGCUGACGAGUCCACGUACAUCUGUGAAUACACCACGUUCCCUGCUGGGAACCGAGAGAACACUGUGAACCUCACUGUCUACGUUCGUCCAACGACUCGGAUGAGUCUGUCCACGCCCACUCUGGUGGCUCGCUCGUCCAACCUGAGGACACCUGUGGCCAGCUGCAUCUGUGCCAACGGGAAACCAGCCGGUGUCAUCAGGUGGGAGACAAAGGUUCCAGGAGAAGUGUCCACUCGGGAGUUCAGAAACUCAGAUGGGACGUUCACCGUCCACAGUGAUUACAUCCUGGUGCCGAGCAGAGAAACUCACAGGGAGACGCUGACGUGCGUCACCACCUACAACGACGAGGUCUUCACUGACAGCCUCACUCUGGAUGUGCAGUAUGAGCCAGAGGUUUCAGUGGACGGGUUUGACGGGAACUGGUAUCUGAACCGAGAGAACGUGGAGCUGAGCUGCACGGCUGAUGCUAACCCGGCUGUCUCUCUGUAUCAGUGGAGACUGAUCAACGGCUCCAUACCGAGCAGCGCUGAGAUCCGUGACAGCGUGCUGAGCUUCAGAGGUCCGGUCACGUACGAGCUGCAGGGAACGUACGUUUGUGACGCCACCAACAGCAUCGGGACGCAGUCGGGCUCUGUGGACGUCAGCGUCAUAGAAAAACCACUGCCACAGAUCGCUACGAGUGACGUCAUCAGUGUGAUUGCGUUGUUACUGGCUGCCGGAGUGCUCAUGGGCAUCACCAUCACGGUGCUGAUCCUCAAAAUAAGAAGCAGAAAAGACGACUCCUCAAACACUUCACCGUCCAGAAAACUAGCCCAGCCCAUCAGGAAAAGACCAGGGGAGGACAUUCAGCAUUCAGGGCGUUUUUACGAGGAGCUUCCAAACACAGCAGACUACGUGAGCUACAGACUGGCCUGUAACAAAGACGACUACCCUGAACCGUACUCUCCUCCUCUCAACCCUCCGCUCUCGUUCCUGCCGCAGCAGCCGUACCAUUCAUCACAACCCACCACUACCACCACCAACAGCAGCAGCUGCAACACGCCCAAAAACACCUUCUCCCCUCCUUCACACACAGCGGCCAUCUUUAAAUACCCGUCAGUACCAGGUCUGGCUCCUCCUCCUCCUCCAGGAGCGGCAGCGUACACGUUUCCUAAAGAACAGUACGUCUGAGCGGUCAGACUGUCAUGAACCUGGACGACUCUGGAAGUCAAAGACAGUUUUUCUCUGGUUUUGUCUUUGUUACUUUUUAUUUUAGUGAAAUGAUGAAUGAAUGACUGU